UAUAAAAGGAAGAAACAAAAGGAACCAGAAAUUCUGGAAUGGUUAAUAUUCAACGAGUAGACGAAGAAAAGAAUCAUCAGGAAAUUCUUCUAAAAUAACAAACUUCCUCGAAUUGAACAUUUCCGGUGGUAUUACUGGAGCACGAACGAACAUGCACAGUUUCUCUGAUAACACGCAAUGACACAAAACGCGUUCUUAUUACCUUGUCAAUUAGUAUCACCGUCUCAGAAACGCAAACGAAUCGAACCGGAAGUUCCAAAGGCGAACACGAGAAUGGGAAUGAGGGUCACAAGUACAAUCGAUUAAAUCGUCAUUUUGAGAAAUGAUUUCAUUCGACAGGAUGUCUAUCCUGUUGUUGAUGAAUUUUCUGUUUGGUAAAAAGCUUAAAGAGAUCGGUUCCGGAAGUUGUAGACGUUGAGGGAAGAGUAAAAGCGAAGAAGAAGUUUAAAACGGUGAAAGCAAAAAGAAGAAAGGAAGAAUCGAUCGUUUUAAAGUGAUUUACGAGCCGUGAAACGAAUUCUACGAAUGUUUGAAGAGAACUUUUUAGUUGGAAACAUAGGAAGAAUAAGAAGAGAUUCUGGGAAUGAUAGGAGGAAGAAAAGUUGGAGAAGAGAUUGGUUUUUAUGGAAAAGAGAAAAAUACAUGUUUAGUUAUGAACUGAAGUUAAGUUGUCUUCUUUUUUGAAGAAGUUGGCUCUUGAAACGUUUAUUAAAGCAUAAUGAAGAAACAUUUGUUUUGUGAGGAAGAAAUAUUAAAGAAAUACUGUUGAGAUAUUUGUAUGAAGAAUAUCCUGUCUUUUGAAGGGAAAAAAGAAAAGAAGAAUAUACUGAAGAAAUUUCUGUACAGAAGAAGCAGAAACUUUUAAAGUUGCAUGGUACACACGUCGAAACUGUUUCGACGACAUUAACGUCGACAGGCGUCGCGUCGUUUGGCAGCAGAUGGGAAAGGUAUCUAUGGCCGUAAGAAGUGCCGCUAUGUCCUACAUAGAACUAUGGCUGGCCACGAUUCUGGGACGUGGGAAAAUGCGGAUGAAGAUAUUGAAAGUAGUGGUGGUCCUGCUCCUGUCAGGAUCAGGAGAUGCCAGGCCACAGAGAACCGAAGAAUUCGUUCCAGCAGGGAGAACGAAAUCAAACCUCGAAGAAUGGAGACCCCGAUCCAGCAUCUCGAAAAGCAUUCAAGAAGAUAGCAGUUCGCAAGUGAAAGACCUGCAGAACAUCGACCAAUCGUUAAGAACAGUGGCUACUCAGUUGCUGAACGUGACCAACCCUGAAGAGCCAGCCAAGGUUCUCGACAACACCAUCAAGAAACCCAUCAAUCAGAAACCAGCUGAUGGAGCUGCAAAAGAAGUGAUUCCGUCCACUAACGUCCAGUCAACGAACAUAGGAUUCGGUAGACCCAUCAACUCAAAGUUUGGCUAUUUUGAAUCCAGUCACCCUGGUCAGGCGAUGGCCAUGACCGAAGAGGAAUUAGAACGAGAGAUGAGUUCAACGCGUCUGAUGAUUGCCCACAAGAACUACCCAACGACCACGGGUGGAAUAUCAACGUGGAUCCUGCUGAAUCCUCCGUCCACCACAGUGAAACCCACAGAGGUGGACAAGAAGACGAAGCAGCCGUUCGAGAAUGAAGUACGAGUUGUUGAGAAACCAACAACCGUGAUGGAGAGAGUGGAGACCACAGAAAGAGUGACAGACAAGUCAACGAUACCUGUCAUCACCACUCUGGUCAUGGAUGAACCUUCCACCACGAAGAAGUCCAUCCCUGUGACCACGAAGAAGACUGCAGAAACGAAGCCAGAGAAGAUUCACAGUCAACAGAAGGAAGAAUCACUUCAGAACACCACCUCCAAGGUUCCUCAGACUACAAUGAGUAAUUUGGAGGGGAAGGAAGUUGUCACUACUACGACUAAGAAGAUUCAGCAUGUAAGGACAACGCCCAAACCCAAGAUUGCUACCAUGAAGACCACUGUGCUGUCGAAGCCUUCGGGUCCAAAGACGUCUAGGCCUAACCAGCAGGCCAGACCAAAGCCUCCGAACAGGAGGACCACCACUGUGAAGCCAGAGAUCACGAAGACUGAUAACUCGACUACUGGGAAGAUCGAGAAGGUUACCUUCAGGCCCAUCCAAAUGAUCACUAUCCCGAAGACCAAAGUAGAGAGCACUGAGAAGCCCAUGUUCGUCACCAAGAUCAAAGCCUCGGUGCUGAUGGACACCCAGAAGACCACCACUGCGUCUUCGAUGUCUUCCACGACUAGUUUGGAUGUAACUGCUACCUCGAAGACCGCUGCGCCCAGUGUGGAGCUCGUCGAGGUAACAGUGAAACCUAAACCAGGUGGUGCCAAGGUGAACAACGUGUUAAAGGUACAGCUGAAGAAACCUCCUGUGGAGGAGACGACGAAGUUCGAGGUGCAACCUGUGAAGGUCAAUACACCUGUGUUGAAGAUCGAUAAGGUAGAUAAACAGGACACGAAAGAAGAGAAGGACAGUCUGGAUAAUACCAGGAUAGACUUGAUGAAGUUCGAUUUCAAUCCUGAGUUGACGAAGAUCAACACGGAGAUUGAAAGCACCUCUUCGUCGUCUACGACCACGACAGCUUCGACGACCACUUCGACCACCAAGAGACCUAGGAAUAAUUCGAAGAGGAAGAAGAACAAGGUUAGACGACGUAAGCCAUCUACUCCUACUACUUCCACGACCACAGUCUCUUCAACAACUUUAGUAUCAACGGAGAAUGACCUGAUAGUCGAAGACUCAUUUGCUGAAAAUGGAAUCCAGGAGUCCAAGAUCGCCCCAGAGACCAAGGUAUCUACUAACUCCACGAAGACGAAGAAGAAACCACCUUCGCCAGCCUUUGGCAUGCAGAUAUACAAUUUCUUGAGUCGCGAAGUGAUGCCCAGCUUCGGUGUGAUGUCUCUGGUGGGACUUGGUCUAGGUUUAGCCUCCUACUUCCUCUAUCCCUUCGGAGGGACCAUUGCCAGAAGAAACUACGAAGUCGAGCCAAAAUAUAAAUACAAUUUUGACGAGUACGGGGGAAAUUAUGGGCAGAGUGAAGAGGAGGUUCUGGCUAAGGUUCUUCAAGGCAUGACACCCGAAGACAAUAAGUAUCCUGGCUCCAAGGACUACGACAACAAUUACUAUCGGUACCAACAGUACGACACUGGUUAUGAUCCUCAGACGACCAAGAAGAACGACCAGAGACACCCAUCUUCAUCUCCAGUUUAUAGACCAGAGAAUUCAGCUUCCAUCUUGAAGUACAGAAACACCGAUUACAGAUACCCAGAGCCACAAAGUACUCCAGUUUAUUAUGAAAGACCUAAGCCAGCAGAGCACGUUGGACAGGUCGUUUCUGACCCAGCCAAUCGCCAGUUCGUCGUUGGAAAUGUCCCUAAGGAGUAUCCACCUUACAACGAGAAACACCCAGCCCAAUCCACUUCAGGGCCCUUAGCCAACAGCUACGAGCCCACUGAGAGUAGCCAGCUGGUGUUCGAUCGCGAUUCAGUACAGAAUUUUAAUUUCCCAAUGAACCCCGUUCAGAAUUACGGCCAGAUUCAGACAGCCAAGCCUGAAGAUACGUACGAAGAGGUGGAGAUCACCCCCACUGCUGUGGCUGUCGAACAUGGACCCAGAUCCUUGAAGAUCAAACGCUCUCCGAUGGAUAUACUCUCGAUGGGACGUUUCAGGAGGAAGAGGGACACUGUGAUUCAAGUGAUUCCUUCGAAAAGGGAACUGGAAGAGGAAGAGAAGGAAGAGGAUCUGAGUAACGAGAUCUUCAACAUCAUCGAUUCUGCUUUACCUGAAGAGAAGGAUGAUCAAACGAGUAAGGAGAAGAAGAAGAAAGACAGCGAGCAGUUGGAGGACUUUGAUGCUCAAAGAAGAAAAGAGAAGAAUGAAGAGUCUACCACGAAGAGUCAGACUCUGGAGACCAGUACCGUGAAUGCAGACACAUCUACGGUUUCUUCAACAAUUAAAGAAGAUGUCGAAUCUUCCACUUCGUCGACGACGAGCACAGAGAUUAAUUCUGAAGAUAACGUGACGAGUCCUAAGACGACUGAACAAAGCAAUGUUGACACAAUCGAUCUGACCACGACGAAACCACCCGAGCAAAACGGUUUCACUAUCUUCAACUUCGUGAAGAAGGUCGCUGAGAUCAAGUUCAGGCUUGGUUUGACGUUACUUAAACACGCCAGCGAGAGUUUCGCUAGAUAUCUCGGCCACGUGCAGAAGAGGAUCAACGGGGAAGAGUGAAGAGGUUCCUGUAAGGAACCUAACAAUGGACUGAAGCGACGGCUGCUUCGAUCGUUACAAUAGGUCGUCGCGACGCUUCUAUUGAAGCUGAAUAUCGUGUCUUCGCGUCUUUCAAGAAUUUUCAAAGGAAGAAUUUUUCACAUUGGAAGACUGUUUUAGAGUCGUCUGAUCUUGGAUACCUGAAAUACCUUCUUUGUUUUUGAUAUUGCUGAAGAAUAUCUCUUCUUUUUAGGACACCUUUUAUUAUUUUUUUGAAAUUGUUCAAAGAAAUGGUCGAUGAUUUCUUGGUAAAUUUUUAAAAUAUGAAGAAUUGUAAAGAUUUCUUUUUUCCAAAAAUAACGAAGAGAUUUUAGCUUUUAGACUCAGACGACUCUCUUAAUGUUAUAAUACUCGAAUUAACAAGAAUACUCUUCACAUUUUUCAGACUUCCAGACAAACUGUAAUUAUCAUUUUUUUUUUUUUAAAUAAUUUGCAACAUUUACAAUUUAACUAUAAUUUUCUAUGUAGAAUUGUAUUACAAAUUAUUCAAAACAAAACUAUUGGAAAUUUUAAUGUAAACAUUAGAAAAAUAGGAUUUUUCAAAGAAGGAAGAAAGGUUUUGGAGAACUUCCGACGAAAAAUUCUAUUUUUAUUUUAUU